AUGAGGUUGUUUGUCGCAGCGGCGCUACUGUGCGUGUUAUUGGUUGCUACUGAAGCAGGGGCAGCGAAAAAUCAAGAGUCAAGAAGAAAGCGGAUUGAUUCCGAUUCCGUUUCUGAUUCUGAUUCAGAAGAAACUGAAUGGCCCAAGCCUCAAGCGAUAAGUAACUUCCCCGUACCUGAUUCGUUUGCUAAAGCACCCGGCGAAACCGUUGGGGAUGAUGGGCCUGACGAAACGUCGCCACCUUCAGCCGGAAGACACAGACCACAAAGAUUCCGCAGACAUUAA